CAUGAUACGCUUCAGCGAACGUCCCACACUCCAGUCAAGCUGUCGGCCAUAAUGGCUGUAUUCCGCCCAACACUUACCUCUCGAGUCGAGCGUCUUCUCUCCUGCGCCGAAAAUUAAACCUCGGGACUCUCAUUUGCGAUGCAAUGAAAAAGAGCCCUCUGGACACGGGACGAAGAAAUUAUUCCGCACAACUGACCAUCGAAAUUCGAAUUUUGCGAUUCAAGGAAUUCAGAAGACACGAAACAGAAGGAAAUGACCGUUGUUGAUUAUUGAUUUGACAGAAUUGUCUUCAAGGUACAUUUGCUUUCCUCCCUCGCAUCUUCACUUUUAUUUCUUUUAUUUCCUGUUUGGAAUGACUUACAAUUGUUCUGGAAUUACCUUUCGCUUAAAAUAAUUUCUGCGAACUGGACACGCGUGCGCUCUAGCCCUCAGGUAUCGGAUAAUUCGGAUAUAUAAUUAAAAGUUCUGACAGCAAGCAUAUAUUACUAAUAACUUUCGUAUCCCAACGAAUUAUGAAUGGUGCUCUUAAGUGAAAUUCCAUCUAGAGAUUACCUCACCAUGAACCGCUACGAGAACAGUUGCCUGAGAUGUGGCCAGACUGUGUACCAGGUGGACAAAGUGGGACCUUUGAAGGAUUUUACCUUUUUUCAUCAGGGCUGCUUCAAGUGUUUGGUCUGUGGCACCAAACUCACCCUUCGAACCUACUACAACAACCAACAAGACCAGGAUGACAAAGAGGUUUAUUGUCAAAGCCACAUGCCGAAAACGGGACCGGGUCACUUGGAUGGUAUGUCUGUAGGCAUCAAAGCCGCCUUGAGUGUCCCGAAAACGAAUCACCUCGUGAACGAUCAAAUACGAGGCUUCGGCAAAGGAACGUUCGACGCCGAUGCCUUAGGCAUUAAGAGUGCACUUUCUUCACCCCGGACACACGAACCGGAUAUUAGGAACCGGGAUCACAUGGCCGGACGAUUUGAUGCUAGUGCCCUCCACAUUACUCACGCGCUCAAUGCUACCAAAGUGCAAAGGGGAUACCAGUAUGAAAGGAGGAUAGAUGAUUAUUUGGAUAAAGAGACGCAGACAAAGCUGGAGAUGCGACAUCGGGCUGAAGAAGACGCCCUCUACCGACAGUUUGCGAAAAAACGUCAAGAAGAAGAGGUUCACAUCACCGAGCAGAUACAGGAAGAAUGGGAAAAAGAAUUAGAAAAGCUGACGUCUCGCUUCAACUACGAGAUUAAGAUGAAAAAACGUCGCAUUUCCACGGAUGAGGAAAAAGCUUUAACUUUCAGGCAUCAAAAGGAAAAAGAAGAUCUGGAGAAGAACAUGACUAUCAAAUUAGAUAGGAAGAAGGAAUCUCUGACCAGAAAACUUCUAGAACAGGAGAGAGCUGCCACUGCUGAUUUGGUAGAGAAACAUUCUAAGGAGAUGUUGAAUCUUAUCAACGAGAAAAGAACAGAAUUUGUACUUAGUCAGAGUUUGAAUGACAGAGAAGGAUACUUAAGCGAAGAACUGGUGCCUUACCCCACACAUCCUCCUCCUCCAAGUCCACCCCUCAUAUCGAAAAUUGAAAUCUACAGCGACCCAAGUGUCUUCAUGGAACUCGACCAAGUCGCCAUAAAUGUGGCACAAAAUGAUCAACAAACGUUUACUGAUUUGGUGAGACAACUGAUCGGAAGCUGCAUAACAGAUGUAGAAAAAGCAAGAGCCAUUUUCCGCUGGAUCACGGUGAAGAAUUUAAACACCAUGACAUUCGAUGAUAAUGUGAAUGCAGACACUCCUAUGGGAAUCCUACGUGGAAUAAAGCACGGAACUGAGAGUUACCAUGUCCUCUUCAAGAGAUUGUGCAGUUAUGCUGGUCUGCAUUGCGUAGUCAUCAAAGGCUAUUCCAAGAGUGCGGGUUACCAGCCAGGUGUGAAAUUUGAAGACAGUCGUUUCAGAAAUUCUUGGAAUGCGGUGUAUGUUGCAGGCGCAUGGCGAUUCGUCCAGUGCAACUGGGGCGCUAGGCAUUUAGUCAACGCGAAAGAAGUGCCAAAACCUGGCAGCAGAGGCAAAUCGGAUAGUCUUCGGUACGAAUAUGAUGACCAUUAUUUCUUGACAGAUCCUAAAGAAUUUAUUUACGAGUUCUUCCCAUUGCAGCCAGAAUGGCAACUACUGAAAGUGCCCAUUUCACUAGCAGAAUUCGAAGAAUUACCAUUCGUCCGAUCUCUUUUCUUCAGAUAUGGCCUUUACUUUCCUGACGAAGAAACAAAAGCUGUGCUCAAUACAGACAACACUGGAGCGGCUACUGUUCGCAUUUCAAUGCCAUCCCGCAUGUCCUCCAGCUUGAUCUUCCAUUAUAAUCUCAAAUUCUAUGAUACAGACGUAGACACCUACGAAGCUGUCAGUCUGAAACGAUUUGUCAUGCAAUCUGUAGUCGGAAACGUCGUGGCUUUCAGAGUCCAUGCACCCUGUAGUGGUUCCUUGCUUCUGGAUAUCUUUGCGAAUGCUGUUACUCCGAGGGAAUAUCUCACCGGCGAGCCCAUGAAAUUCAAAAGCGUUUGUAAGUUCAAAAUUGUGUGUGAGGAUCUGCAAACGGUGAUGGUGCCUCUACCCGACUGUGCAAGUGGGGAAUGGGGACCCAUGAAAGCAACGCGAUUAUUUGGCCUCAUACCGAUUACCCACGAGGAUGCCCUCAUCUUUGCCCCCAGAGAAUUGGAGAUCCAGUUCAGAAUGUCUAGACCUUUGACUGACUUUAUGGCAACUCUGCAUAAAAAUGGUGUUGAAGAGAAAAGACUGUCCAAGAAUGUGACACAAUCUGUCGAAGGAGAUUUAGUUACUUUUUACUUAAAUUUUACCGAAGAUGGGCAAUAUGGAAUGGAUAUAUAUACAAGGGAAAUGAAUGGUGAUAUAGACAAUGGAGAUAAGCAUCUCCUUACACAUUGUUGUAAAUAUUUGAUCAAUGUGUAUUCUAAUAAAUCAUACUAAAAAUUUCAAUGGAUUUUCUUCUCAAGUUGGAAUUUUGGAGCAUUUGUGUCUGCACUGCUUUUGCUGAGCUAAUGUUUUAACUGAUUAGCAUUAAUCAAAGCUCAUUCUGUAUCAGAUCAUCACGCACUAGGAGAUAUUUUCAUUUGAAAAAGCAAUCGUAAAUCGUUUUAUCAUUCCACAGGGGAAAAAUGCUUGCCUUCGGGCAACUUUUCAUGUUUGAAAAGUCGAAUGAUUUGUAGGAAAGGAAAAUAGCAAAGGCUAUGAAUUAAUUACCAGGGCUGUUCGGAAAGUAAGUUCCGAACGUUCAGUUUACUGUGUGAAACGUAGACAGAUGUGAGGAAAGAUGCAUAUUUAAUAACGAUUUACAAACUUACACGUCUUUUCGAUGUAGUCACUCAGCACAUUAAGGCAUUUAUCUUAUCGAGAGACUAGGUUUUGUAUGCCAUCAUCACAGAAGGGGGCCACACAUGAAUUUUGCCAGGAUAUUACGGCAUCUUUCACUUCUGGAUGGUCAUUAAAACGUUGGCCACUCAAGAAUUACUUCAAGUGCAAGAACAACACCCAUCUUCUAAUCAUUCCGUCAUUCUUAGCUGUAUCGCCGUACACCUCACAGACUUACCUAUACAUUUCGCAUAUUCCUUGCUUUCAAAAAGCGAAUUACGGGACGAAUUUGAAUUUUCACAUUUGGUAGGACCUUCUAGAGUCUUAAACAUCUUUAGAGGAAGAUUUACACGUUUCAAUAUUUCCACUACCGUCUUAACAGCAUUAUGGCCCCUGGGUAAAAUAGUGUGCUGGUGUUCCUCCGUCAACUCAGAAAAAUGAAAUAAUAUGGGGCCCAUGGGCAAGUGCCCAGUGGGCACAUGUAUUAAGACUGCCCUGAGUGUUUUAGGAUAUGAAAUUUUCUGUUACGACGCAUUCUUAGGCCUUGAAGCCGUGAUACCGCAUAGGCAGAUUUGCGUCAUAUGGCAGAAAUUAUUAAAUUACUGAACUUACUUUCCGAAUAACCCUCGUACUAUUAACUUUGAGAUAUUGUGCAAAUGCUAUAUUUUAAAGUUUGAUGUCUGCAAUCAGUGGAACUGUUUUCGCAGUGUCAGACGAAUUCUUUGCUGUUUGUGUAAAUACGACAGAGAAAUGUGGAGUACUCUGUAGUCCAAAGGAAGUUUUAUCUGAAUGAGUCACCGCCACAUAUAAAUGGAGAAACUAAUCGCCAUUUUACACCAAGAGCAGUUUCUUCCAUUAAUGCUAGAAGAAUAUCACCUCAGGAGAAAACAAUUUACAAUAAGUAAUUUUAAUAUUUUGUUCUGCAUACAGUUGGACUAAGAAAGAUGCAGUUUAAUGCAGCUUUGGACUAUUUUCUGUUUUUUUAAGUCUGCUAAUAAAUAAAAAAUCUAUAUCAAGCAUGCAGAUUCAGAAAAGGGGGGAUUUAAAAACUAAAAUAAAUUGUUUUAAAUCAGAACCGUUACAUUACAAAACAAAAACUUAUAUUCAAAUUAUAUAAAUAGCAGAUGACAAACAUACUAUAGAAUUUCAAUAUUUUUCAGAAUUAUUACACCAUUUUAAGUGAUUUGAGCUGAAUUAUUUAAAACUAAUGUGAAAAGUAUUUAUUUUAGCUAUGUAACAUCGAAGUUGGAAACAUUGUUUUAUUGAGAUUAUAUCUAAUAUUAUAGUCAUAUUUCAAUGCUUAUAGAUUAGUAAAACAAAUUUCCAAUAGUGAUCGUUAAUUAGGCAUGAUAUUUCAAUGGGAUGGAAUGAAAUAUUAAGAACAUUUUAAUCAACUAAUCGCUUGCACUUCCGCAUAAGUAGUUAUCAUAAAAAGAGAAAAAAUAUAUGACUUUUAAUGAGUCCAUUUAGUACAAUUUUCAUGAAAAUAUUUAAUAUUUCUAAUUUAACAUCUCGUGAUUUAAGUGCAUUUUAAUAUAAAUCAAUCGGUUUAAAAAGCAGAAAAAACCUUAAGAGCUUUGUUUAUUGCUUUUAAAUGGCUUAAUUUCUUAAUCAGUAACAUACAAAUUAAAUUUGAAAGAGGCUUUACUUUUAAUGGCAACAGGCUGGGCAUGGAAGAUAAAAGUAUUUUAUCUCCAGAAAUAACAACACAGCUUUUAAAUUGCUUUUAAACAGCAAAAUUUGUUGAUUAAAGUUGAUAGACUUUAUAUUUUGCCUAAUGGCAACAGUCCAGCGCUGAGAUAAAAAUGUUCUUUUUCGAAGAGUGUCGCCAGUGCUCGCUUUUAGUUUAUUAAUUAAAAAUUAAUUAAAUUUGCACAAAUAUGAAAUUAAUUGAAAACUAAUUCGAAAUUCAAAAUUCUCUCUUCAAGGCUUGGGUGGAGGUCUUCCUGUAUUUAGAAUACAAUAGCCUUAAUGCCUUCAUUUUUCUAAUACAGUGCGAGGAACAUAACAUGCAUACAGGUUCUUCAUUAUUUAAUAAAACAGACAUAUAUUUAUUGCUACCUUUUAUCAAUAAAAUAAAAUUUGUCAGUCAUCUCAAAUUGUUUGCUUUAUUCUGAAAAUUAUGAAUGUUAGAAAAUUAAACAAAUUUGAUAAAGAUUAGUGAAAAUGUAGACAAGUUCGAGUAUUAAAUAUUUUAAAAUCUUAUUUUAUUCUUCCCUCCCUCGGUUCUCCCCCCCCUUUACACUACAGAAAAAUCUAAAUUACUGUAUUUUCAUCAAAAAAGUACUGAAGCAAUAUAUUUUCUGAAUUUUUAUUUAUUCAUAUCUUUAUUAUUAAGAAAUUUUCAAUCAAAUUUCAAUGGUGUAGAUAAAAUGACCGAAUAACAGUGCAGAUUAGGCUGGACGAACAUUUUAAGAUCGGAGAGGAACUAUUUGGACAGUUUUUCAUAAUAAUCUGUAUAUGUGAUGAUUAUUUUCUGGAAAGACAGAUGAUCAUUUAUUUUACAUAUAUUAUAUAAUUGUUCAUUAAAUUCAUCCAUUAUUCACUGUUUCUAUUCACGAAGAAAUUUUUUUUUUCUUAGAUUAUAUUCUUAAAAUAUUUAUUCAUUUCAUUAUUUGAGAAAUACAAAUAUUGAUCAUGUGUUUUAGCUGCAGAAAAUAAUGUAAGUCAUAAUUUACUGCUUGUAAUUUGCUAAAGUUUCAUUAGGUUAAUCCGUUAUUCUGAAAAAUAUUAAAGUUAAAAACUAAAGAUAACAAUUUUUAUGUUUAGGAAUAAAAAUAUUCAUAUAUUUCUCUAUUUUUUCCCUCAUCCAAUAAUUAGGUCCAGUUGUUAUUUGUAUUGUGUUAUUAAAACAUUUAAUUUUUAAUACACAAAAUGUAUAUUUUAUUGUACUUUCUUGUGACUUAUACAUAUGCUUACAUGAAUGUAAUGUCCAAAAUUUCUAAGGUUUGGGGACCAAUUUACUAAUGUAUUGUGUAUUAAAAAAUAUCUAUAAUAAAAGUUUCCCAUUCUUA